AUGCAAACAGCUUUUGGUUCUAGUUCACGGAAAUGUUCAGGAGAUGAAAGAGAAAGAGUUGCAGCUAAUAUUCCUGAAGGUGAAGCAAGUAGUAGCAAAUGGGAAAAAGCAAGUAGUAGCAAAUGGGAAAAUGUAAAAGAUGAGAAGAAAGAUCAUGAGAUAGUUUGGCCUCCUAUGGUUGUAAUUGCAAAUACAAGCCUUAAGAAAGAUGAGAAUAACAAGUGGAUUGGCAUGACAAGUCAAGAGCUAUUAGACUUGUUCAGCUCAUAUGAUGCCAUUGUUAAGGCUCAAAACUCUUACAAUUGGCAAGGACAUUGCGGUUUAAGUAUCUUGAUUUUUGAGAGCUCAGCAAAGGGGUAUUUAGAGGCAGAGCGCCUGCAUAAGCAUUUUGCAGAGGAACGGAAAGAUAGAUAUGCUUGGACUCAUCGGCCGGUCUAUUUCCUACCCAGUGGAAAGCGCCAACUUUAUGGUUUCAUGGCAUUGAAAGAAGACGUGGAUAGCUUUAAAGGUAAGCGUAAGCUGAAAUAUGAAAUGAGAUCAUACCAAGAAAUGGUGGUAAACCAAAUUAGGCAAAUGAGUAAAGACAACUAUCAGCUUCUCUGGUUGAAGAACAGAGUUGCUGAGCAGCAAAGGCAUGUGGAAGUUCUUGAAGAAUCUAAUACUAUGUAUAAGGAGAAGCUGCAAAUGGUAACCAGGGAUAUGGAUAUUUUGAGAAGUAAGGCCAAUGUGCAUCAUGGGCAGACAAUGGAAGAGAUGCAAUUUCAAGAGCAAUUUUACAAGGACAAAAUCAGAAAUCUUGAAUCAGGAAAUGACAAAGAUGGAGAUUUUGACAAGAUAAAGAGUGGGCAAGAGCAAGAGUUAGUAAACAUUCAAGACAUUGAAAAUGAAACACAAGAAGUAGCAGAGAUUCCUAGGUUGCGAGAACGAGAAGAGAUUAAGAAACCUGAAAUUGCAAGGGAAAGAGCAAGUGCAAGUUCAGAAUUUGCUGGGAGACCCCGGGAAAAGCCGGGAGUCAGCGAUCAUCGGUCCAUGUAUUUUGAGAUGUCAUGGAAAGAUCUUGCCAUCCCAGUUCUUGGUGCUUCAAUCCCCAUACUAAUGAGAAUUAUUAGGUAGCCCCAGAGCAUAAUUCUCUCCUCCCCCUUUCACAUUCUGCAAGUGAGUCUACAUUUUUGUGAAAGGAAUGGAGCAACUAUUGAUCACUGAUCCUAAUAUGUAUUGAAAACAAAAAUUUAUCCC